CCUCCAUUUAAUGUAGAACGGAACACCCCUUCAUCCUUACCCUCAAGCAGUUGAAGUCUCUAGCUGAUUCGAAAUCUGACUCACUGCAAUUUUUCUCUCUUGCAAACUGAGGGCUUGAGGCUUCGUGAAUAUCUCUUUGGACCUCUACAGUUUCUGGGCCUCGUAGAAUCGCUGACAGCGCAGUCAUUCCAACUUUCUUUAAAAUAACUGUGAUCAUAGUUUCAUCAUCAUAUGGCGACAGAUUCUCAGACUAGCUUUUAACACACAUUGACGACUCAAAAGCUACAUAGCUAAAACAUCGCUUGGAAGCAGGUUGUGGAAGUUUUCAGUUGGUGUUCCAGUUGAUCAUCAGCUGAAUUUUGUUGUGAAUUGACUGAAGUGUAGGUCGGAGAGGAUGCGUUAGAAUUUGAGUCGUUCGCAAGAUAUUGAGUGGAUUACGAUUGCACAAGCAUGUCAGAAACGCGGCCCAUGAACCCACCGCCUCACAAGUCUAUCAUGCACGAAACUCUGAAUCACUUCAGACACGUCGGCUUAUGGGAUCCCCAAAGUGGCCUGAUUCGUGGACAAAGCGACAGAUACUCGGGAUUGCGUCCCGAGGCUGUGAAGUCUAACCUUCUGCGGGGCGCUAGCUCUGACUUGUCUGAGUUCAUCUGGCCCAAGGAUCAAUGGCCCUCGGUUCCUCACGACGAUUUCCACUUUGCUAAGAAUCUGCCCACAGUUGAUCUCUCAGGUUUGAGGGCCGGGGAUGCAGAACUGCGAUUCAACGCGGCGAGACUGCUAGCUAAAACAUUCUCGGAAUGGGGAUUCGUGCAAGUAAAAAAUCAUGGCGUUCCUGCGGAGGUGAUCGAGAGAAUGCAGAACCAAGCUCGACGGUUUUUCAAUUUGCCUUUGGAACAGAAGGAGAAAGGGGUAGCGACAAGGUCCAGCAAGCACGAACAGUUCGGCUAUGGCGUCGAGAGCGGAUUCUACUACGCUGGUAAGCCUUGGAUCGACCGUUUCCAGUGCCGCUGGAGCCCCGUGUGCGAGAUUCGUGAGCCCGUGGAAAAGGUGUUCAGCCCCUCAGAUGCGGAGGAGUUCAGUUAUAGCAUAGAGGUCUACAAUAGCCAGUUGGACAAGCUUGCAACCAAGAUUCUGGAGCUUUGCGCACUUGGACUCGACCUUCCGGAGAACACAUUUACGAAGCCAUUCAAAGGCACGGCGGGCGACUGCAUCGCUCGCAUGAACUAUUACCCUCCAUGCCCACUUUCGUCCCUAACUCUGGGACUCGGAGCACACACAGAUCCCAACUUAUUGACGAUCUUGAGUCAAUGCAAAGUCGGCGGGUUGCAGGUGCGCAAGAACGAUACUUGGAUCUCCGUUGAACCGAAGCCUGACACCCUCAUCAUCAACAUCGGCGAUACCUUUGAGAUGGACGACUCGCUUGCGUAACUCCAGAUCACUCUCUGGACGUGAGUGGGGCCGGUAGGUGAUUCUAUGCUUGUGGUAGUGCAUAAGCGGUGACCAACAAGCAGAUUGGAUACGAAAGCUUCUCGGUUCCGGCAUGUGGAAACGCCCACAAAGCUUCAGCUGGUGACAUGUUGCUUUGUAGCUGAAUGAUUUUUGGUUUCCGACGCUUCUGAUUCUCAGAAUUUAUGAGCCACUUGGUGAACUUCGAAGGGUUGGGUUUUCCCAACUAAACCAGUGGAUCAAACACGACUGAACCAUCCUCAGGAAUUGCUGCAGUUCCUUGAAAGGACUUUUGAGCGAGUCCACGGUACAGUAUGAGUCGCACUGACCAGAGGAGUAUGGUUCGGCACCCAAAGAGUAUAUUACAAGGGCUCCGAGGCAUCUUAAUACUCUGAAAUCUUGUUUCGAGAACCGGUGAAAACAUCCUAUCCCAGAAUCAAAAAUGGUCGGCGCAGACGAAAUUCUUAGUUGCCGAGGUGGGAUCAGAAUGUUGUAAUGGGACGGUCCUCUAAGCAGCAGACGAAAUGGGAUAUUUUCUUAACGGUGAGGGAUUAGAUGAAUUUGUGGGGAGGUGGAAUCUGGGAGAAAGUUUCUAGCCACCAACGUAAUAGUUCAUGAGCAUGCUAGAGGAUAUAUUCAAGGACUAGUGCAACGCUGCCCCACCGCUUGAUUAAAUCUACCCUGUGAACCUUACUAGAGCCGGAUCCCAAAAGAGGGACUUAAUUUUGGGGAGUUUCAACUGUUGGUGUUGGGAUGCACUGCGGAAUGCGAAUUUCAAAUCUGGGAUCCUAGACGGGAAACCAGUUGAGGGAGGGUUUUUGGGGCACUAGUGAUCUGGUUGAGUGAAGGUGAGUUUUUCGACCACCAAUCAUAAGCGGCGUUUUUCUCAUAUACUCUACCAGGGCGGGCAGGUGUAUGGAAAUACCUUUCCUCGUCAUGGCAUCUGUCGUUGCUGGUGUGCGCUUAGAACCACAGCGCGAAUCCUUCUGUUUCUUUUGUCCGUUAAAAUAGUGUUCUGAUCCCGUUUUGUCACUUCAAGCGAAUGUUUCUAGUUGCGUGCAUAGAAACCUCCAUUCCUCCGCAUCUUCUAGGCACCUGUCGAAACCAUUGACUCCGGCGCUGAGAUUCAAUUAAAGUACUCGUUCUCCCGAUACCAGUUCAAGAUUUGCAAGAGGAAUAUGGUGCAGAUACUCUAACCAGGGUGACCGUGCACAUUAUUUCUGCUCUGCAAAGAGAACCCAAGAGAAUGUUGUCGAGUGCAUUCAAUUAAUCUCAAAUUAAGAACCCAGCUGUGAACCGGGCGUUGACGUCUGGCAGUUGCGUUGCCUAUUCAUAGACAAAUAUUCCUUUCGCAGUCCUCGCCCACAGGGAGCUCU